AUGACGCAGCCUUCAACCAUUGCCUCAAGGUUCCUCACACAUCCUCACCAACUCGGCGUUGUCGCUGUUGGUUUCAAUGGCGGCCAGUGCAAGAAGGGCGUUGAAGGGGCCCCAAUGGCCCUCAUCGAAGCAGGAAUCCUCACUCAACUGAGCGAGGACCUUGACUACGAAGUCCACCACGACGACACAGUGCACUACUACGAGAAAGACAUCCCCGCCGAAGACCCCGACCACCGGGGCAUGAAGAAGCCGCGCGCCGUCAGCGCCGUCACCGAAAAGCUCAGCUCACAGGUCUACAACUACGCCAAAGACGGGAAGUUCGUACUCACUCUAGGCGGCGACCACUCCAUUGCCAUCGGCACCGUCUCCGGCACGGCAAAGGCCAUCCGCGAACGACUGAACCGUGAAAUGGCCGUGAUCUGGGUCGACGCCCACGCCGACAUCAAUAUCCCCGAGACCAGCGACAGCGGCAACAUCCACGGUAUGCCGAUGGCGUUCCUGACCCGGCUGGCCCGGGAGGAAAAGCGGGAUAUCUUCGGGUGGAUGCAAGACGAGCACAUCGUGAGCACGCAGAAGCUGGUCUAUAUCGGGUUGCGGGAUGUGGAUCGCGGGGAGAAGAAGCUACUGCGUGAGAAUGGUAUCAAGGCAUUUAGCAUGCAUGAUAUCGAUCGUCAUGGCAUCGGUCGCGUUGUUGAGAUGGCGCUCGCUCACAUCGGUAACGAUACGCCCAUUCACUUGUCCUUCGAUGUCGACGCUCUGGACCCCCAGUGGGCACCGAGUACCGGGACACCAGUUCGGGGUGGGCUGACGUUGCGCGAGGGGGACUUCAUCUGCGAAGCUGUGCAUGCGACCGGGAAUUUGAUCGCGAUGGACUUGGUCGAGGUGAACCCGAGUCUGGAGGAGAAGGGUGCAUCGGAGACCAUCCGUGCGGGAUGUUCACUUGUGCGUAGUGCAUUGGGUGAUACACUUCUGUAA